AUGCCCAUCAACGUCCCAAAUGAGAGUCGCGGCAUGCACGACGUUGCUCCACCCACUUGGCCUGACAAUGAUGCACGAGGCAGCUUCCCCAUGGUUACGACUCACACCCUCGCCGGCGUCAACCAGGGCGACGCUUACGACCAUUCUGGCCAAGUCAAGUCCAAGUUCGGUUCCAUGUUCUCCCCCGUCAUCCCUGGCUCCCUCAAGGGGGGCGAUGCGAAGAAGCCCAUUGUCCCAAAGAAGGUCUUCUCCGGCGUGCCCAUCAGCAACGGGAGCCCCCACCACCGCCGCGGACGAGACGCAGAGGACGUCAUCCGUAGCGAGCAUGACCACAUCAAGAAGUCUCACGUCUCCUCUAAAGACAAGCUUCUGAUGAAGAAGAAGCGCUUCGGAGGCACCGGGGUCAUCACAGGUGGGACUGCCGGGCAGGGCGACACGCAAGUUCGGCGCAAGGUGAGCGAGGAAAAGAGAUUCGGGGGACCUGGUGUCCUUGUCGGCAUGAAGCCAGGAAAGGUGCCCAUCCACCCGACCAGUGGAGAAAUCAAGCCUGGCGAGGCGAAGCAAGCGAAGGGUUGGCAGUGA